AUGAAGAACGUAUCACAACCACAAUUCUACGAGUUUGGUGCAAAUUGUUGGAACUACUUAAAGUCACGUUACACAUCAGCUGUCAUCAAGGCCGACACUCAAUUGUUCAUCUCAAAGCUCAAGGCACCAGCCGAAAUCACCGUUGGUGAUGCCAAGCGUGUUGCUGGUACUGUUGCUGGUAUGACUGGUCUCUUCUUUGCUGGUGAAGUCGUCGGAAAGAACAAUUUCGCUGGAUACUGGCCAGGUUACGAUAUCGAUGUUACUCACGAUGUUUUGGAAAAGAAGCAUUAA